GGGGAGGUCGGAAACUUUUCAUGGACGCACUGAGAGGAGUGUUGUUUACAAACAGCAGAUUCAGAACGAAAACUAAAAGCGUUGCUCAAAAUAAGAACAUCGUAAAUCUUUUUAACAGUAGGGAGGCUCGAGUCAUUCUUUAACGAACAUAAAUUAUAUACUUUAGUGAUAAUUUGUGUCUGUGGGGGCAGUGAGAUAAAGCUGAGCAGGUGCCGUGUCUAAGUUACAAAGAGGUGUCUGCUGUGGGCAGUCAGCAGGACACAUGGCAGAGGAAGGCAACAAGCUGACACUGAGGCGCUUGGAGGCACCAAUCCACAAGUUCAUUAAAGUGGCUCUGCCCACGGACCUGGAAAGGCUGCAGAAACACCACAACAACAUACUGAAGUUCCAACAAAGCCAACAAUGGGAUCGGCUUCAUCUGGAGCAUAUCAAUGCCGGCAGAACUGUUCAGCAGUUGAGAGCAAACAUGAGAGAGAUGGAGAAGCUGUGCACACGGGUCCGUGCCGAAGACGCUGCCGCUCUCGAAUCGCUUGUCAAGCCGGUCAGAGACAGGGCGUCAGCCGCCGCCAGAGACUUCCUGCUUCUGCACUCUAACCCCGUGCCUCAGCCUGCGCCAGCAACACCACCUGCCACUCAGCCUACCAGAUGUGUGUCCAGCAGUUACCACGAUGAUGACGAUGUGUGUGAGGAGCCUCUGUCUGGCAGGCAAAUUCAGCUCAAGCUUCCAGAGAUCCCUGCUGAUCAGUGUGCUGCUGAGUCCUGGGACAAUCUGGAAGAGGAUCUGAAGGAGCUGAGUGGUUUGGUGACAGAGUUCUCGCUGCUCUUCCAUUCCCAGCAGGAGAAGAUUGACAGCAUAGAGGACAACGUCAACGCAGCCGCUGCCAACGUGGAGGAGGGGACCAAGAGCCUGGGGAAGGCGGUGGGCUACAAGUUGGCAGUGUUGCCGGUUGCCGGGGCGCUGCUGGGCUGUGUGUUAGGAGGUCCUCUCGGCCUGCUGGUGGGGUUCAAAGCAGCAGGGGUGGCUGCUGCUCUGGGAGGCAGCGCACUGGGGUACGCAAGCGGCAACCUGGUCCAGAAACAACGCAAAGCCCGAGUGGAUCUACAGAUGAAACGACUGACAGCACCAGCACCAGAACCAGAACCAGAGACACACAAGGACAAAUGACCCGACUGUCCGUUCCGUCCUCUGCCCUCAGGUGCUGACUGAUCACUAAAGGCUCAAACUGUACCUCUGGCAGUGUCAUAAUGCCUUAAAGAGAUUCGCUGUAAUCUGGCUGUUCUGUUGCCGCUCACAAACUUUGAUGUUCAGGUAUGAAUGGUUUGUCUAGGAAGAAGUUUUACCAAAUGUUAUACACAGCUGAUUUGUUAUUCCCAAAGCAGCCAGUUAUUUACACUACAUUAUUUAGUGUGUGGUUGGGUCAGAAUUAAGUGAACUGUAUUUUCUUCCUUUUUAUGACGUCAAUUUAACAGACAGAACAAUUCUGUCAAAUGCUAUCGCUAACAAGGACGGGCUUUGUUCCAGAUUCUGGUUCUUCACCAGGGUUCGUUCGCCAGUGAUCAUGCCUCCGAAAUGUCUUAAUGCAGAAAUUAAUAUCCCUAUGUGAACAAAUGCACUACUGAGACGACAGAAGGAACGAUGAAUUGAGUAUGCAUUGAGCCACUGUGGUGUUACUCUUACCUAAUGUAAAUGACCGUGUUCAUGUUUCAAUGUUUAUAUAAAUUAUAUUGGUUAUAUUUACAGACUUGCUAAGUCUUAUUUCCCAAAGUGCCACUGUCCAGCUCGCUUCAGGAAGAACUUGCACUGUAUUGACAUGUCUUCUGCCAAAUAAAACGUGUUUCUUUUUCAA